AUGAGUGAAUUACAUUCGACGGCACAAGUGCCAAGUAACCAAGACACCAAGUUGACACCGAUAAAACAAGUUGAUGCAGCAUUGAAGGCAUGUACUUUCGGGUACUUCCACAUAAAGUUGUUGCUGAUAGCUUUUGUUGGAAAUAUUGCAGGAGUUUUUAUCAGCACUUCCACAGGCUACCUGCUUCCAGUUGCAGAAUGCGACUUGCAAAUGACAUUAUUAAGAAAAGGAGUGUUGAAUGCAAUGCCUUAUACGGGAAUGUUGUUCUCAUCAAUAGUAUCAGGACUCUUAACAGGCGCAAUUGGAAGGAAAUUUUUUUUAGUAUUUGGCUUCUCAGGCGUUUUCGUGUUCAAUUUAGUAGCAGCAUCAAGCCAAACAUUCGAGGUUCUUGUAACAGCAAAGUUUUUUGAAGGACUUUUAUUCGGAGCAGCCUUCAGUUCAUUUAUGGCUUUAACAGCAGAGUUCUGUUGUAACAACGUAAGGGACCGAGUGAUAUUGUUUCAAACGUCAUUCACGGUGAUUGCACAAAUAGUAAUCGCACUCCUUUCGUGGGCAAUUCUCACUAAUGACUGGAGAGUUUCUUUCUUUGACGGAAAAUUUGUCCUCAACACCUGGAACUUUUAUCUAUACGCCAUGUCAAUGUUUCCUCUAGCUGCCUGUAUAAUGUAUGCGGCGUUUGUGCCAGAAAGUCCUAAAUAUUUGGUGACACAGAAGAAAUACGAUGAAGCGAGAGAAAUUUUAAUCAAAAUAUAUGUGCAAAAUACUAGGAAGCCAGCUAAUACUUAUCCGUUUUUAGAUAUUUGGAAGAAUAUAUCAGAAUCUGCUUCGGAUGAAGACCCUGAGAACCAAGUGAAAGAUAGCUUUAAACAUCAAGUGGUGGUUGGACUGCUCAACAUUAAGCCAAUGUUCAGAAAACCCUUACUUACCUAUCUUUGUUUGAUAUGCACCACAAAUUUCAUUAUUAUGUGCAUGUAUAAUGUGUUCAGGCUUUGGUUCCCACAAUUAUCAGCAAUAGUAGAAAAUUAUCACGCGGAGGACAACCAAGAGUUUUGCUCAAUGCUGGACGCAUACACGGCAAAUUUAAAACUAUUGAGAAAUACUACACAAAACGAAGUUUGUGUCCCGACAAAAAGUGGGGACGAAACGUAUAUAAACAGUAUCAUUGUUGGAUGUGUCAGCCUGGUACCUUUUUUAAUUACCGGAAUAUUAGUGAAUAAAGUUGGAAAAAAGAGACUCCUCAUGGCAGCAGGCUUUGUAUGUGUAGCUACUACAAUGAGUAUCCGAUGGGCCAAUGGCAAAAUUAUUAUGGUGUCUUUAUUUUCUAUAACAAUCGCAUUGGCAAGAGUUAUGUUAAGUUUGAACCAAACUUUAACUAUCGAAACCUUUGGAACAACAACACGAACAUUAGCCAUAUCAUUCAUGAUGGUCACGGGUCGCAUCGGUACCUUGACAGGUAACGUUAGCUUUCCAGUACUGCUGGAUAUGGGGUGUGAAGUCCCCUUCUUCACAAUAUCGGCACUUUUGGUUUGUUUUAUAGUGCUGUCGCUGUUUAUACCGAAUAAAAAACAAAGUAAAAAAUGA